AUGGGAAGUCCUUCUUGGAGUCUAACCUCAAGCCUUCAUGACAAGGCACAAGCCAGUGUUCCGCCUCUGUUGGAGUCUGAGGACAGAGGCGGACGAGACUACCCUGGCUGUUGGGAGAAGCCGCCUCCCUGCAAGGGGAUGAGGCCAGGAGGGAGAUUACGGAGGCGCCGGGCCCAGGGCUCCAACAUGCACCUGCCACGGCUCCAGUGAAGAUCAGGAACCUGCCAGCUUACCCCACCCCAUGAUCUCAUGGCUGUGCCUGCCAGGCGCUGGCUCAGGGAGCAGUCACUCCUUCCCCAAAGCUCCCCUCCACCCACCGCAAAAUCCACAAAAUCCAUGACUGAGGUCGAGACGCCCUCCGCCCAGCCUCAGCUGGAUAGGCGGCAGCCCGUGGAAGGCAGCAGGGGGACACCUGGUGACAUCCCAAGGGAAGACAGCCAGGCAGACCUGGGCCACACUCCCGGAGAGAGAACCUGGCUCAAGGCCGCACCAUAUUUCCAUGUCAUUUCCAAGUGGCCCCAGGUGGGCUGGGCAGACGUUCUCAGAAAGCUUCAUAUUCCACAGUCAUCACUAGCUCUUCCUGAGCAUAAAGGAUUCAGCAUGCUGCAGGAGAAGGGUGGCUGA